CAAUGAGGCUCCCCCUCCACAAAAUUCGUAUUUUUUUGUCUGCACGAGCCGGUUUAUCCGUGAGACUCGGUAGUUAGGUAACUAAGAUGAUGGAUGCUCUGUCUGUGGUGACCCAGCUCCGGGACCUGGCGUCGGAGCCCCAGAACCGGGAGGCAAUAGUCCAGGAUCAGGGCUGUCUCCCCGGUCUGGUUCUCUUCCUGGACCACCAGGACCCGCAAGUGCUGUUCGCCACCUUGCAGACUAUGCGCUACCUGGCAGAGUGGCCCCUGAACAUCACCACUAUGAAGAAUGAACUGGGUAUGAUGGUCAGCCUGGUGACCCUGAUGGAGAGGAGUGGUUUGUGUGAUGACAUCAAUGUCCUGUCACGGGAGGUGUAUGGAAUCCUGAGUGCCCCGCCCACCCCAGCCCCCCCCAGCCCAGAGAGAGAGAGGAGGAGAAACAAACCCCAGUUCUUCCUCAACGCCUCCAAAGGGAAGAACAAGUCUGUCACUCUGCACAUCCAAGGCCUGGACAGCACUGCCCAGCGAAGUGUGUGUGAGGAGGCUCUACUGAAGGUGAAAGGAGUGAUCAGUUUCACCUUCCAGAUGGCUUCCAAGAGAUGUACCGUUCGCAUCCGCUCUGACCUGCCCACUGAAAGUCUGGCGUCGGCCAUCGCUGCUACCAAGGUGCUGUCAGCCCAACAGGUGGUGAGGAAUGAAGUUGGGGAGGAGGUCCUGCUCUCCCUCAGUGUGUGUGGUGGUAAUGUGAGGGAGGAGAACGUAUCAAUACCAGACUACCUCCCAGAAGACGAGAGUCCCGAGAGCGAGACGGACCGCGCCGUGUCCCGUACCGCAGCCAAGGACAACACCUCUGGCAGCUGGCUCGGUUCAGCAGCCACUUUCCUCACCAGAUCCUUCUACUGGUGAAACUGGGGUCGUCAGGAGCCGGCAUGGCUGUUCUCACAGGGGACACCUGAACUGAGAACACAGCAGAACUGCAUCCGUAUGGCUUCAUCCCCAUUCUACAACACAUCUCCUGUAGUGUACACUAUGGUGCAUCCCCAUUCUACAACACAUCUCCUGUAGUGUACACUAUGGUGCAUCCCCAUUCUACAACACAUCUCCUGUAGUGUACACUAUGGUGCAUCCCCAUUCUACAACACAUCUCCUGUAGUGUACACUAUGGUGCAUCCCCAUUCUACAACACAUCUCCUGUAGUGUACACUAUGGUGCAUCCCCAUUCUACAACACAUCUCCUGUAGUGUACACUAUGGUGCAUCCCCAUUCUACAACACAUCUCCUGUAGUGUACACUAUGGUGCAUCCCCAUUCUACAACACAUCUCCUGUAGUGUACACUAUGGUGCAUCCCCAUUCUACAACACAUCUCCUGUAGUGUACACUAUGGUGCAUCCCCAUUCUACAACACAUCUCCUGUAGUGUACACUAUGGCUUCAUCCCCAUUCUACAACACAUCUCCUGUAGUGUACACUAUGGCUUCAUCCCCAUUCUACAACACAUCUCCUGUAGUGUACACUAUGGUGCAUCCCCAUUCUACAACACAUCUCCUGUAGUGUACACUAUGGUGCAUCCCCAUUCUACAACACAUCUCCUGUAGUGUACACUAUGGUGCAUCCCCAUUCUACAACACAUCUCCUGUAGUGUACACUAUGGUGCAUCCCCAUUCUACAACACAUCUCCUGUAGUGUACACUAUGGCUGCAUCCCCAUUCUACAACACAUCUCCUGUAGUGUACACUAUGGUGCAUCCCCAUUCUACAACACAUCUCCUGUAGUGUACACUAUGGUGCAUCCCCAUUCUACAACACAUCUCCUGUAGUGUACACUAUGGUGCAUCCCCAUUCUACAACACAUCUCCUGUAGUGUACACUAUGGCUUCAUCCCCAUUCUACAACACAUCUCCUGUAGUGUACACUAUGGCUGCAUCCCCAUUCUACAACACAUCUCCUGUAGUGUACACUAUGGUGCAUCCCCAUUCUACAACACAUCUCCUGUAGUGUACACUAUGGUGCAUCCCCAUUCUACAACACAUCUCCUGUAGUGUACACUAUGGUGCAUCCCCAUUCUACAACACAUCUCCUGUAGUGUACACUAUGGUGCAUCCCCAUUCUACAACACAUCUCCUGUAGUGUACACUAUGGUGCAUCCCCAUUCUACAACACAUCUCCUGUAGUGUACACUAUGGUGCAUCCCCAUUCUACAACACAUCUCCUGUAGUGUACACUAUGGCUGCAUCCCCAUUCUACAACACAUCUCCUGUAGUGUACACUAUGGUGCAUCCCCAUUCUACAACACAUCUCCUGUAGUGUACACUAUGGUGCAUCCCCAUUCUACAACACAUCUCCUGUAGUGUACACUAUGGUGCAUCCCCAUUCUACAACACAUCUCCUGUAGUGUACACUAUGGUGCAUCCCCAUUCUACAACACAUCUCCUGUAGUGUACACUAUGGUGCAUCCCCAUUCUACAACACAUCUCCUGUAGUGUACACUAUGGUGCAUCCCCAUUCUACAACACAUCUCCUGUAGUGUACACUAUGGUGCAUCCCCAUUCUACAACACAUCUUCCUGUAGUGUACACUAUGGUGCAUCCCCAUUCUACAACACAUCUCCUGUAGUGUACACUAUGGCUUCAUCCCCAUUCUACAACACAUCUCCUGUAGUGUACACUAUGGUGCAUCCCCAUUCUACAACACAUCUCCUGUAGUGUACACUAUGGUGCAUCCCCAUUCUACAACACAUCUCCUGUAGUGUACACUAUGGUGCAUCCCCAUUCUACAACACAUCUCCUGUAGUGUACACUAUGGUGCAUCCCCAUUCUACAACACAUCUCCUGUAGUGUACACUAUGGUGCAUCCCCAUUCUACAACACAUCUCCUGUAGUGUACACUAUGGUGCAUCCCCAUUCUACAACACAUCUCCUGUAGUGUACACUAUGGUGCAUCCCCAUUCUACAACACAUCUCCUGUAGUGUACACUAUGGCUUCAUCCCCAUUCUACAACACAUCUCCUGAAGUGUACACUAUGGCUGCAUCCCCAUUCUACAACACAUCUCCUGAAGUGUACACUCCCCGUCAUGGAUUGGUGUAAGCAUUGGCUGUAGGUGUGCACUAGGGGACAGAGAGAGAAACAGGAUGUGACCAGAGGUGUAAAAAGUAAAGAUACCUUCAUAGAAAAUAACUCAAGUAAAAGUCACCCAGUAAAAUACUACUGGAGUAAAACUCUAAAAGUAUUUGGUUUUAAAUAUACUUAAGUUCCAAAAGUAUGAAUUACGUCAAAUUCCUUAUAUCAAGCAAAUCAGACGGCACCAUUUGCUGUUUACAUGUUCUAUUGACUGAUAAACAGGGUCAAACUCCAACACGCAGACAUCAUUUACAAACAAAGCAUCUGUGUUUAGUGAGUCCUCCAGAUCAGAGGCCGUAGGGAUGACCAGGGAUGUUCUCUUGAUAAGUGUGU